AACUGUGGUCAGAACUCACUAAUUCAAUACUUGGUGGAUUUUCUCCAGAUCAUGUGUGGUCUCCUUGCUGGGGCAGCGACCCAGGUGCCUGGAGGAAGAUUUUUAUUCUGAGCAGUUAAAAAAAACAAAUGGUCUUGUUAAAAAACAUGCUGAGCUUCGCACACCUGCCCCGGACUGGAGAAAGGCUGGUGCUGGUCAAGUUUGAGCAAGCCCAUCCCUUCAGCAAAGGGUUCAGAAACAUCCUAACCCACCCGAGUCCUCCAAUGAACGCUCCAGCAGAACCAGAGGUGGGCAGAUUUGACGCUCCUAGAACUGCUAAGGGAAAAAAGAAGCUACAUUUCUCCCAGCCUCUGUCUCUUGGGGAAGGUCUUCACCGCAGUCAAGGUGUGUGACUGCAGCACAGAGACCCAUACCUGAACUAGCUUUGAUCUCGCUAGCAUGGAUACCAAUAGUAGUGAAUUCUCUACUUCAGCAUAUGGGGAACAGCGUAUGGGUAUGUACUGAGGUGGCUAGCUAGCUACCUCCCCUUACACAGGUUUUUUAAACACAGGCCUUACACGUGUAGAACUCGGAGGUUUAACCCAACUCAGACAGCAACUGCCUGCAUGACCCAGCUCUCUGCCUGCCAGCCCAUCCUCUCUGACAGACAGCAAUCUAGUGUGAAUUCCUCCCUCACAUCCCUAAAUACACUGAUUCUCUGGACUGGCAAGCGUGACAGGUUAUCAUUGGAAAAGAAAACCCUAGUGCUCCGUUCCCCUCUCGCUCGCGCCGAUUUUACAGCAGCAUCAUCCCAUUGCGUUCAGCAGAGCAACUCCUGAUUUACAUUCAGAGGCCCCAACCCCACGUAGAACUUUUGCUCGAGUCUGAACACCACCGCACUCUUUGCUGAGAGUCCGUCUGCGAGCGGGAGGGAAGGUGGGAUCGGAGAUGCUGUUCCUUUAAGAAGUUCUAAAGCCAGCUCUGGAAGGUUCCUGUUAUUCCAUGCCUCUGGCACAGCAAUCCUCUCCCUCCCCCCACCCUGAGUCCCAGCUGUAUAAAUGAAGCUCCAAUGAGCUGGCGGCGUCCCUCACUCAAUAGCCAGCAGCUCAGGAAGCAGCUCUGCUCUCCCAGGCACUGACGGGUACCGUGUGCAGUGCUGAUGGGGGCAGCAUCCAUAACAAAGAUGCUCAUGGUUUGGCUAUUGCUGUCAGUGGGCCUGGCCCGGGUGGCUCUGGGGAGCACAGUUCAUCUCAGGAGAGCCAAUGACAGGAACGGUAGAUGCAUCUACUCAUUUGCCGUACCCAGCCCGAAUGAGGCCAGCUGUCCAGAACUGGGCCAGGCAACAUCAGCCAUCAGGGAGCUCCAGAGGGAGAGCAACGUGCAGCGCUCAGAGCUAGAGUCAGCCAAAGCCAGGCUGAGCCUCCUGGAGAACUUGGUGACCCAGCUGCACAUGGCGCUGGGGACAGGGGGCUCCUCUGCUUCUGCUGCGGAGCUCCAGAGAGAGCUGGACAGGCUGAGGAUGGAGAGAGCCCAGCAGGAGUCUCAAAUCAGCAGGCUGGAGGCUGCCUACAGCACCCUUGGGCAGGAGAAGUCCUUCCUGGAAGAGGAGAAGAGGCGACUGGAGCAGGAAAAAGCUGAGCUGGGAAGGAGGCUGGAGAGCAACACCCAGGAGACAGCUCGGCUGAGGGCCAGCCAGCAUCACCAGGUCAGCGAGGCACCCCCCCAGGACUCCCAGCAAGACUCCCAAGAAGUUUCCAAGUGGGAUAUGGAGAGUUUUGACUAUCAGGAGCUGAAAUCUGAGCUGACGGAGGUGCCCGCUUCCAGCGUCUUCGAGGAGCACCCCUCCUCCAGUCACCCUGCCACUGGGGACACGGCCACUGGGUGUGGAGAGCUGGUCUGGGUGGGGGAACCUGUGACCUUCCGCAGGGCUGAAACUAUUGCUGGCAAGUAUGGCGUGUGGAUGAAGGACCCAGAGCCUGUUCCCCCCUACACCUGCGAGACCACCUGGAGAGUCAAUGCCAUUGGCACUGACAUCCGCCAGGUCUUUGAAUAUGACGACGCUGAUCAGUUCAUGAAGGGCUAUCCCUCCAAGGUUCACGUCCUGCCCCGGUCCAUGGAAAGCACUGGAGCCAUCAUAUACAGGGGCUCCCUGUACUUCCAGCGGCGCAAGUCCAGGACGGUGGCCAAGUACAACCUGAAGACAGAAAAGAUCCCAGUCCAAAAGGACAUCCCCAGUGCUGGCUACCAUGGCCAAUUCCCUUAUUCCUGGGGUGGGUACACAGACAUUGACCUAGCUGUUGAUGAGAUGGGGCUGUGGGUGACAUACAGCACAGACAAGGCCAAAGGGGCCAUCGUCCUCUCCAAACUGGAUCCAGAGACACUGGAGGUUGAGCAGACCUGGGAAACCAACAUCCGCAAGCAAGCUGUGGCCAAUUCCUUUAUGAUCUGUGGCACCUUGUACACCAUCAGUAGCUACUCAGCCCCAGAUGCCACCGUCAACUUUGCCUACCACACGGCCACCAGCACUAGCAAGCCGCUGAGCAUCCGCUUCGAGAACCGCUAUGGGUACAGCAGCAUGGUGGACUACAACCCCACGGAGAGAAAGCUCUUCGCUUGGGACAAUUUCAACAUGGUCACCUAUGACAUCAGACUCUCCACGAUAUGAGGAGCCUCAGGGCAGGAGGAGGACACACCAUGCUCAUUGCUAACUAGCAGCUCGUGGGCUAGGGGCAAGUCUAGCCAGCUGUCAAUCUCAUACAUUUGCUCUUCCUAUUCUUCCUGAGCUUUCCUUAGACUCAGCCCUGAGCCCCUUACUCAGGCAGAGCGCUCAUUGAACUGGGCAAAGAC